AUGGCUGUUUCUAUCAACUUCAUGCCCGUAUUUGCGGAGGGAGAAGAAGAAAGGCUCAGAAACAUUGCCGUAGAGGCAUUGGCGGCGAUGUAUAAAUCGAAAAAGGACGAGGAGCGCGUGGCUCGCGGCGUCGGUCUUAUCAGCUCGACCUCGCCAACUCAGGAUCCGUCUCCUGAACCGCUAGCUUCUGCAACGCCGGCAAUCACUAUAGGUAGUCAGGCUCCCUCUCGGGAAAAGUCUCCGAGUCCCGUACCCGAGCGCGUUCGUGGCUUCACUGCUAUCAAUAGACCCGCCAUCCAACAAAGUCAAGAGGCGGGUAGCAGCAACGGUUCACGCCCAGCACCUCGGCGCCCGUUGCCAACGAGCAGGCCCAAAAAGCAACAGAAUCAAGAGGUCAACGAAGAAAAUAAAAAAGUGCCCUCGCCGCCAGCGGUCGAACCAGCGGCUGAAGGAAAAGCCGCCCUAGUCGCGAGAAAGAAGAUGCCGACGAAACCUGCAGCAGCCGCAAACAAUACGCGGACCAACGCUGCCACACCGGCAGACAAGAAGCCGCAGUCAAAGGCCACUAGUGGCGAAAGGGAGAUAUGCAAAUGCUCCAAGUGCGUGGAAAGCAACCCCGAGGGGAUCGAGCAGUGCGCCAAGACGAAGAAGGAGCAUAGUCGCUCUGACAAGGAAAGAAAUAAAGGCAUGAAGCCCGCCGUUCCUUGCGAUCGUUGUCUCCAAAAUAACAAGGGAGAUGAAUGCUUCUAUAGCGGAGGCAAAGUCUGCUCAAGGUGUAUGAAGUUGAAGGAGCGAUGCUCCUUGAAUCCAGUCCCCGGGAAGGGAAGGAAGAGAGAUCAGGAUAAAGUGAAGCGGGAGCAGAAGAAGACUGCGGGCCCUGCCCGGGAUAAGGACACGGACGAGGCGGAGGAGGUAUUGGAGGUUGUGGAACCCCCGAACAAGAAGGCGCGCACGAGGGCCAGCAAGAAGACCUCUCCAGCUGCGCGACAGUCGCUUAGUAGCCCUCCUGCUCAAGAUAAGGCUGGCGAGCCGCCUGCUUCCAGUGGUCGCGAGCGUAGCUCCAGCGAUGAUGGUUCUCGGACCAUUGAUGAGAGUCCGUCUUCAAGUGGCGCCACAGCUGGCGAGAGAGGGGAGUCGUCUUCGAGUGAACCAUGCGGUUCUCCCCCCGGAAAAGGAAGAGUUCAGGACUCACAGGAUUCCUAG